AUGACGACUAUUUUCGCCAACGGGCACUUCUUCACCGGAAAGGGGACGGAACAGGUAGACGAGGCGUCCUUUGCGGAAUGCUUGGUGAUCCAGGACGACACCAUUGUGCACGUCGGUUCGUCAACAGACGAAGUGGUUUCCCAGGCUCAGCAGAACGGUGCUGUGGUUCGGGAUCUGAAGAAGAGAUAUGUUCUUCCUGGCUUCAUUGAUGGGCACAUGCAUCUGCUCCUUCUCGGCCAGGCGCUCCAAAAGCUAGACCUGGACGGCUGCAAGGACCUCAGCGAAAUCCGGGAGAGAAUUAGCGUGUACGCCAAACAGAAUCCACAGGUUCCUCGGAUUUUGUGCAAAGGAUGGAUGCAGAGUAUGACCGACAAUGAGGCUCUGGCGUCAAUGCUGGAUGAUCUCGACCCACGACCGAUUUUCAUUGAUGCUAAGGACUUGCACUCAACAUGGUGCAACACUGCCGCACUUCAGGAAUUAAAGGUCGAUGAAAUGGCCGAUCCAGAGGGUGGCACCAUUCAUCGCGAUGAAAAUGGCAAGCCAUCGGGUCUUCUAUCAGAAGCCGUGGUCUUUGCUGUGAUCUGGCCGCAUCUUGCGCGUGCUGCUUCAAUGGAAGAGAAACUGGAUGCUUUGAAGGGCGCAAUUAGCGCGUAUACCGCUUCCGGAUACACUGGUCUUGUUGAUAUGGCCAUGGACGAAAACACAUGGGAGGCACUUCUCGUCUUGCGACAGCAGCAGCCGAACGGGACAUUGAAUCUGCGUAUUGCUGCCCAUUGGCUGAUAGUGCCAUCCGCAGACUCGGAAGCAGAUCUGAAGCAGGUUGACAGAGCAACUGAGCUUCAUGCCGAGUACAAUCUGGAAAGUUCGCCCGACUUCCGCAUUGCAGGUAUCAAAGUCAUCUGUGACGGAGUAGUUGAUGGAUGCACUGCAGCACUUCUCGAGCCGUAUGCCCUUAACGGCGUCUCGUGUGAUCCUCUCUGGCCGGAGGAGAGAUUAGCGCCUGUUGUCAGUCGCGCGGUCAAGGCAGGGCUUCAAUGUGCUCUACACGCGAUAGGAGACAAAACCGUGCAUAUGGUGCUGAAUGUGCUCGAGGCUCACGGUACUCGCGAUGGUCGACACCGCAUCGAGCAUCUUGAAAUGACGACUGCCGAAGACGCAGCUCGAUUAGGCAAGCUAGGUGUUACAGCAUCAGUGCAACCGGUACACUCAGACCCGGAUAUCCUACGAGCAUGGCCUUCAUUGAUUGGACAUGAUCGAUGUCGUCGCGCAUUCGCAUAUCGCGACUUUGUUGAUGGUGGCGCCCCGAUCGCCUUCGGAUCUGACUCGCCCACAGCACCAUUCGAGCCUUUACCAAACGUAUAUACAGCGACCACUAGACGAUCCGCUCGAUUGCCCGAUUCUGAAGAGACUGUGAAUCCGCAUUUCGCUCUGCCGCUGGUUACUGCUUUCACGGCGGCGACCACGGGUGCCGCGUACGCCUGCUUUGCGGAUAAGAUUACAGGCAAGCUAGAGAAAGGGUUGAAGGCGGAUUUUGUGGUUGUUGAUAUGGAGUGGUCGAAGGAGAAAUUGUUGCAGGCGACUGUGGACGAGACUUGGUUUGGGGGAGAAAAAGUCUUUAGUGUACAACGGUAG